GCGAAAGUAUGUAAUCGGCGGAAACGGAAUCUAAGUUUACCAGUGCAAUUGCCAUUUGUUGAUGUUGGUUUCUGUUUUUCAACCAAGUAACUCUGAUAAAAUUAAUUAAAUAGUGAUUAAAUAUGGCAAAGUUCCGUAAUAAUGUGGUACCUAACGUGCAUUUCCACAAGGAUUGGCAAAGGUAUAUUAAAACAUGGUUCAAUCAACCAGCCAGGAAAGCUCGAAGAGCAAGGAAACGAUUGACAAAAUCAAAACCCAAUUCCCUCAAGCCUGUUGUAAGCUGUCCUACAAUGAGAUAUUCAAUUAAGAAACGACUUGGACGAGGAUUUUCAAUAACUGAAUUAAAAGCUGUUGGUAUGUCUGUAGGAUACGCUCGUUCUAUUGGUAUUGCUGUUGACCCAAGACGUAAGAACAAGUCACAUGAAAGUGUUGAAAGUAACAUGCAUCGUCUUAAGGUGUACAAGAAUAGACUUCAAAUCGUCUCAAGACCAGGUAAAGGAAAGAAGGCAACUGCUCCAGAGGUACAAAAAUUGGUUACCUCAAUAAGAGGAACAAUCAUGCCAUUGAAGCCUAAGAAAAUCACCAUUACCAAGAAGAUUGUUGACAAGAAAUUGGCCAACUUCAAAGCCUACCAAUUAGCCCGAAUGUCAAGAAGGAAGGCCACUUUAGUGGGUUACAGAGAGAAGAAAGCAAAGGAAGCUGCUGAAAGUAUGGAUGGACCAAGCAAAAAGUAAUAAUUUAAAAUGUACUUGUGUAUGUUAGAUAAUAAACAAAUUAUAAAUUCCUCA